AUGCCCAAUCAGCUUAGGUCGCUCCUCGGCACUAUUAGGAAGAAACCCACUCGAGCAGCCGACGGGCGCCCCCCAGAGGCUGCCAACGGCCAUCCCAAUGACACCAAAACCAGCAUCAGCCAUGAUCUCGCAAAUUUGGGCCUCAAGAACGCCAGAACCAUCGUCGAGGCUAUCCCGUUGUUGGCCAGCGGAGACCCAAUCGACGACAAGGAGCUUCUUCUCGAGAACGGCGUGUCUAUGUUGCAGGGCAUGCCGUUGAACAGCAGUCUCAGCGAGAAGAUCUCCGAUGGCUUCAUCACAAUGCUCUGGCACGAUCUUCCCCAUCCUCCGCCAACUAUCGCUGGACCGACCGCCCGAUACCGUCGCCAUGAUGGCGGGGGGAAUAGUCCAUGGGACCCGGAGCUAGGGAAGGCCGGUUCACCCUACGCCCGAAACGUGCCUCCGCUGAAGCCCAAGGGCCCGAACCUGCCAAACGUUGAAGACGUGUACGAGGCACUACUCAAACGUGAAGGUCCUUUCCGAAAGCACCCGUCCGGCCUGAACCGCCUGUUCUUCUCCUUCGCUACCGUUGUCAUUCACGAGUGUUUCCAGACGUCAAGAUCGGAUCCGUGGAUCAACGAGACAUCUAGCUAUGUGGAUCUCAGCACCCUGUACGGCAACACCGAAGAGGAACAGAAAUACGUGCGCACGUACGAGAAUGGGUUGAUAUAUCCAGAUUCAAUUGCGUCCGUUCGCAUCAUGAUGAUGCCCCCCGGAGUCGUCGCAGUGAUGCUGCUCUUCUCGCGUAAUCACAAUCGAAUAGCGGAGAAUCUCUUCACGGUGAACGAAAGCGGCAGAUACAAGCCGUGGAACAAGCUUGAUGAUGCAGGAAAGAAAUGGCAAGACGAGGACAUUUUCCAACUGACGCGAAACAUCAACGUCGGCUUUUUUGCCUCUGUUGUACUCCGCGACUACGUUGCCGCCAUUCUGAAUACCCCCCGUGCUAACUCCGAGUGGUCUCUGGCUCUUGGAAAAGAUAUUAGGGAGCGUGGAAAACGAGUUGAACGUGGGACUGGCAACCUUGUGUCUGUGGAGUUUGCCGUUCUCUACCAUUGGCACGCUGCUCUAAGCGCCGCGGACGACCAAUGGAUGGAAGACAUCAUCAGGGAUGCGUUCCCCGAUCUUAACUCGGUUCAAGAACUCACUCCCGGCAUGUAUAAAGAGAUGAUGAUGAAUUACGGAUCAAAGUUUAAAGAUCAGGAACCGAGGGAAUGGACGUUUGGGGGACUCCAACGCGGACCUGAUGGACGAUUUGACGACCGAAAGCUUGCAGAUCUCAUCAAAGACUGUAUUGAGGAGCCAGCACAUGCGUUUGGAGCUCGUGGUACCCCGCAGAGUCUGAAGAUUGUUGAUAUCAUGGGCCAGUUGCAGGCGCGCGAUGUUUUCAACGUCUGCACCCUGAACGAGUUCCGUCGCUAUCUGAACCUGAAACCGUACGACAGUUUUGAGGACUGGAAUCCAGACAUCACAGUCGCUCGAGCUGCUGAACUACUCUACGGUGACAUCGAGAAUAUGGAGCUCUACCCCGGGCUUAUGGCGGAAUGCACCAAGCCCUUUAUGCCGGGAAGCGGUGUAUGUCCUGGACAGACGACUGGUCGCGGCAUACUUGACGAUGCUGUCUCUCUAGUUCGAGGUGAUCGUUUCCUGAGUUACGACUUGAACAGUAAUACGUUGACCCAUUGGGGUGCUGCAAAACUCCAAGAGCCCGCGGCGGGCUCCUAUGGCGGGGUGCUCUCGAGGCUGAUUUUCAAUGCCCUACCUGGAGGAUUCUUAGGAACUUCUUCCUACGCAUUACUGCCCUUCUAUACGCCAGAAGCCGCGAGGGAAAUCCUUAAGGGCAAUGGUGUUCUCCAUCUGUAUGAGUCGAGUCGACCCCCGAGCGACCGUGAGAUCUUCAGUAUCCAGACAAAUGAAGGUUGUAAGAAGGCUUUAGAAGACUAUGGUACCUUCCGAACGAUGUACCAGGCGGCUUUGCGCAACGUAACUGGCGGUAAUGAGUUUCUCAUCGGAUGGGAUGAUCCCAAAUGUCAUGAUCCACGGACAAAAAGCUUGCGUAAGCUGCUCUUUGAGGACGGUUUCGAACAAAAUGUGGCUGCCUUCUUCAGCACUACAAUCCAAAAGCUCAUCCAGAAAAAUUCACUCGCGACGGUCAAAGGUCGAAGGUCACUCGAUGUAAUUCGAGAUGUGACCAAUAUUGUACCUGUACUCUGGCUUGCGGAACGUUUUGCUAUCCCGUUGAAAACCACAGAGCAGCCAAAAGGAGUUCUAUCUAUCUAUGAAAUGCUCACUGCAUAUCUCACCCUGUUCAUCUACCAAAACUUCAACAUUCGUCCCGCAGAAGAGUGGAGGUUGCGCGACGCUGCAGUCAAAGCGGCAGAGCCUCUACGAAAGAUUUUUCAAACCCACCUCAAGACGCAAUCAGGGGCCGCUGAACACUUUGUCGACUGGCUUGCCAAAGGUAGUGCAUUUGAAGUUGGAACCCAUGCGGAUCGUCUUUAUCACGGCCUCAUAGAAACUAAGCUUCCUAUCGAGGAACUUGUCGCGGACUGCAUUGGAAUCAGCACUCCUAUCAUCGGCAAUCUUACACAGCAAGCAUCGCUUUUGGUCGAUUUAUACCUACGUCCCGAGUACGACGAGUCCAGGCGACGCAUCAUUCAAUUGGCACAAAGAAACGACGUAGCGUCUGGAAAAGAACUGCUGGGCUUUGUUUUCGAGGGCAUCCGACACGCAAACGCGAUACCUGGUCUCCCCCGCGUGACAACCCGCGAUGUAACCAUUAUCGAUGGCGCUCGUGGAUCCAUUUUCAUCCCGGCCGACCAUACUGUCCUCAUCGCAACCUCAAUGGCCGCCAUGGACCCAGCCGCAUUUCCAGAGCCUGAGAAGAUCAAUCCUCAUCGCCCAACGAAAGACUACAGCAUGCUUUUCGGGCAUGGUUUACACUAUUGCCUUGGACAGCACCUUGCUAGCGCAUCACUCACUGCAACGCUGAGAGAAGUCUUCAAGCUCAAGAACGUGCGGCGCGCACCUGGGAAGCAGGGUGUACUCACAACCGUCGAGUACAACAUCGGCGGACUCAGGAUGAAAAAGUACCUCGACGCUAGCUCGAGGGAAGCGGAAAUUCCGACGAGUCUAACGCUACACUACGAUGAGUAGGAGGAAGAUUCAUACAGUCCACAGUCCAUCCCACCGUCAAGGGUAGAUACAUUUGUUGCGCCGAUUGCAGAGCCCUUGAUUGCUGGUGAAGCUGUAGGAAUGGUGCCAAUCGCAGGAGUAGAAGCCAACGGUUCGGAGGAGAUGCAGGAGCUGGGGCGCUUGAUGUGCUGGGUUUUCUAGCGGCGCCGAGCUAGAAAGCCAUAAUAGAGAACAGUAGCAGUAAUCGCGAGCGGGUCGGCUUUUCUGAG